AUGGCAACCGCCAAGAAGACCGUCCUCAUCACGGGAAGCACGCGCGGCAUCGGCCUCGCCUUCGUCGAGCACUACGUCAAGGCCGGCUGGAACGUCGUCGCCACGGCUCGCGCCAACAGCAACACGGACAAGCUGUCGGCGCUCUCACCGUUCAAGAUCGUCACCAUCGACACGGCCGACGAGGCCUCCAUCGUUGAAGCGGCCCAUCAACUGGAGGGCGUUGGCAUCGACCUGCUCAUCAACAACGCGGGGAUUGGUCUGCCCGGUGGCCUCACUUCCACUACCAAGGAAUCAAUCAUGCGCCAGUUCGAGGUCAACGCCGUCGGACCGUUCUUGGUCACGCGCUCGCUGCUGCCCAACCUGCAGCUCGCCGCGAAGGUCCACGGCGCUGCCUUCGUCGUUCAGCUUUCGUCGCUGCUGGGCAGCAUCACCAGCUGCACACCUGAGACUGCGGCUUCGUAUAAGGAUGCAAUCUACGGCUACGGAUCCUCCAAGGCUGCGCUCAACAUGAUCACGCGCGCGCUGGCUGUUGAGCUGCGCGAGAGCAACAUCGCGGUGGUCUCGGUCCACCCUGGCUAUGUGGACACCGACAUGACCGGAGGCAAGGCGACGCUGCAGCCUUCGGACAGCGUGGCCGCCAUGACGAGCCUCAUCACCACGCUGACGCCCGAGAGCACGGGCAAGUUCUUCAACCUGGACGCUCAGAUCGCUCUGUUGGAGCUGCCCUGGUAA